AUGCCGAACAACAAGAAAUCGAGAAUGAAUUUCUUCAUAUGCCAUCUGGCUAUUGCAGACUUGUGCACUGGUGUGCUGGUUGUAUUUGUGGACAUCGUUUGGAAACUGACCAUCGAAUGGGAAGCCGACAAUAUCACGUGCAAAAUCGUCAGAGUUAGUCAGUUCAGCGUCCUCUACGCUUCGUCAUUCAUCUUGGUCUCACUCAGCAUCGACAGAGUACUGGCCGUUGCCCGCCCGCUCAGUUGGUCAGCCAGAGAAAAAUCCAAAUAUUGGCUUGUUGGUUCUGCGUGGUUCUUAGCGGUACUUGCAUCUCUUCCAAUGCUGGCAUUCAUUAAGAAGAAGUUUGAUGAAAAUAUUCAAAUGUAUCUAUGUGUCAUUGAUGUCCAGGAUUGGCAGCUGUACAUCGUUCUAAACUCUCUGCUGGCAUUCAUAAUUCCCGCCAUAAUCAUCACCGUCUGUUACGUAAUCAUCGUUUACGUCAUCAAUACGUCGACCAAUGAGAGGCCGAUGAGGAGAGCCUGCAUGUCCGCCACAGCCAAUCACGCUCAAGAUAGGAGUGGUUUUAUAUCAAGAGCAAAAGUAAAAUCGAUUAAGAUGACUUUUGCUAUUCGUUUCAUAUUUUGCUGGAGCACUUUCUAUGUCUACAACUUCUUAAUGGUCUUCAAAGCCAUUCAGUACAAACCCGAACUCAUGGUGCUGACAAUUUUUGUUCAGAGUCUGGCUCCAUUAAACAGUGCAGUUAACCCUAUUAUAUAUUUUUUAUUUAAAAAUUCAAAAUCUGCUGGAGUUAAAAAUAACAGGUUUGUAUGUGUGUACGUGUGUGUGAUUGUGUGUGUGUGA